UCCUGCCGCAGCCCCGUGGCACGAAUCCUGAGAUCGGACACGAAGAGAGUGACAGAGAGAAAGAUUAUCCUCGAGGUGUUGUAACCGAUAUACAUAUAUAUAUAUAUGCGGACGCCGGGUCGAGCGUCCCGAGCGAACGCAAUGGAGAAUAACAAACAGGCGCUGCUGAAUGGUGCGAAGCCGGGCACGUCGGACGACAGCAAGAACGACAUACAAAUGGUACUGGCGAAAAUGAUGGAGGAGAAGCACACGUAUACGUAUAAGAAGCUGGUGGUGCCGCCGUCGAUGCGGAGUAUUUACUGGAAAUUCUUUGGGUUUCCAGCCACCGAGGAGGGCGGCAUCAUCACCAAGGUGAAGAUCGUCUGCAUACUGUGCAAGACCCAGAUCGCCUACAAUCGUAACACCAGCAACCUCCGCAUGCACCUGCAGAACAAACACGCGCAGGAGCUGAUGGAUCUGGAGACGUCGAGCCUGCCGACCACCAGGCAGGUCGUGUCGCAGGACAACAAGGAACGUAAGAUACAGAAGAAGCUGCUGAAAGCGGGCCUGAGCCCCACCAAAUACAUCUACACCACCAACACGGACGGCACCGUUCAGAUAGACGGUGACAUACAGUUUGUUACGGAUCCUAACAUAAGCCUGUCGAACAUGGAGGACGACAUCGCCAUCGGUCAGCCGCUGAGAGUGAUGAUCAAGGGUGGAUCUGGCAUUAACGGUAACGGCCAAAACGUCGCGUUCCUCAUGUCCGAGGACAACGCGACGAAUCAGUCGUCGGUGGACGUGAAAACCGUGUCGGACGCUAUAGCGGAAUUCAUAAUAAUGGACCUGCAGCUGCCCGAGAUUGUGGAGGGACGUGGAUUCCAAAGAUUGGUGGCGACCCUACGCUCGCCCUGCGAGAUUCCCAGCAAGAACAAGCUGGAGGAGGAAAUAAUACCGAGGAUAUACGACAAUUUUCGGGAAUCGGUGGUGAGCUCCCUGUCCUGCGUCGCCUCUCCCGCGACGGAGCUGGCGUUGACGAUCGAGGAGUGGCAGUCCAACAACGACGAGAGCUUUGUCACUCUGUCGGUUUAUUAUCAGAAUACCGGUGAGGCUACCUUGGAAUGUAAGAUCCUGAGUACUCUUCACGCACCGCUGGACUGGGAGGAGAGCCAUUGGGGAACUACCAUAGACUCCCUGUUACUCGAAUGGGAUCUUAAAGUGGAGAGAAUAACAGCGGUGGUUGUUAGCACCUCCAGAACAGACUUACACACGGCGCUGACUAACCGCGGUUUGACUGUAAUUCCAUGUUUGCUUCAUACUUUGCAAGUGUGCGCGCAGGCUUGUUUCGAGAAUCCCGAGGUAUCCAGCACGUUAGCCAAAUGCAGAUCGGUCAUCGGAGCCAUCAUAAGCCAUCCAGGCGCGCUUGCGACAUUAACGAUGCAAGAACAAUUGUCAGAGUUGGAUGAGGGGUCUAUAUUGUUGGAUUAUCCGGCUGUAUGGAUAUCGACGUAUACGAUGCUGGAACAAAUGAUCGCGCGUCGUAACAUGAUCACAUCUAUAUUAGAAGGCAUGGAAGGGAUAGAUCAAGAGAUGUUUGAAAUCUCCAACGAACAGUGGAAAAUCAUGGAGGACAUCGUCAAUGUCCUCGAGCCAUUCAAAGUUACCAUCAUGACGUUAAGCGAGGAGAAAAUGCCUCUGAUAUCCCUACUCAAACCAUUGCUCUGGCAACUUGUAUCCUCGCAUCUUAAAGUGAAAGAAACGGACAGUGACACCGCAAGGACGUUCAAAGAGUCCUUGUCAGAUAUGUUGUGCGACCGAUACGCAGAUUACAACGUCACGCUGCUUCUACAAAUUGCCACUACUUUGGAUCCUAGAUUUAAAGCAAUGCCAUAUGUCACCGAGGAAGAUAAAAGUGUAGUUAGCACACCUAUAAAGGAAAUGCUGACGAAAUUGAUUCAGGAAGAAUCUGGAGACGUCCCUAUAAAGACUGAAGACGAGGCAGUACCAAGUAAAAAAUCUAGAGUUUCAGGUAUGGAGUUCCUACUUGGUGGUCUGUGCCCGACAAAGGCUGGUAUGCCUGCGGAAGAGAAAGCGGAUCUCGAGAUUGUGCAAUAUCAGUCGGAACCCACGGCACCUCUCGAUUAUUGUCCCUUGCAAUGGUGGUCGAAGGUAUCUGCGAAAUGCCCGAAUCUGGCGAAACUAGUGAGCAGAUAUCAUUGUGUGCCCGCCUGCUGCGCACCACCCUCACGCAUCCCGCCGGAUGUGCAGAUCCAAUAUGAUACAAAGCGGGCGACCUUGCCACCUCACCUGAUUGACAAGCUAAUUUUUUUGCAUGGUAAUCAUACGAUGCAGGUGUGAAAGGAGCUUUCUGAAGCUUGCGAGACGUUGCCUGAAAAAUACCUCGCUGGUAUAUAGGAUACUUUUACAAAAAAAAAAAGAAAAGAAAAAAGUCAAGCUUGCAACAGUUUGAGUCCAAAGUGAUACGCAUGCAAGUAAACUCUGUGUACAAUUAUCCUUUUAAAUCUUGUAUACAAUAUGCGUAUUGUGUAAGUAUCUAAAGCGCAAAAAAGGUCAAUUUUGUUUUUACUUUUAUCGAAUGCGACAUUCCUAAGAUUCGAUAUAAGAACGAUCAAGUAAACAAGUGCUAAGUAUAUUAAUGUAAUGUAAUAAUUUUCGUUAAAUGCAUAAUUUAAUUUAUAAUUAAAAGAAUAGAAUCUGAUAUAAGGACGACGUUUCACGCACAAGCGAAAAGUGUAGAAAAGUGUUUUUAUAUAAAAUUGUAAGAUUUCUUAAAAAGCAAAUAUGUACAAUUUAUUCCCACUUUGCACAAUAAGAAGUAUUUAGAUCAGGUCUCGAAACUCCGAUAAAAAUAUAAUCGCUCUAUUUUAGUAAGGCUCGUGUAUAUUUUAAUAUGUCAAAUUCACGAUACUGAGAAAUAAAUGUUAGGAUCGGAUGUUUGGGUGAUCAAUUCUAAAGUUUUUUGUAGAGGACAUAGAAAGCUUCAUUAUUACGAUUAUAGUAAAUUAUGUUUUAUUUUAUGUUAUAAUAUAACAUUACUAUAGACUGUA